AUGUCGGGGGCUUUGCUGCGGUGGUGUGUGGAGCAGUUACGCCACAACUUUGGACUGGAGGCGUGUGAAGACAUCGUCAGGUACAUUCUGACCAUUGAGAAAGCUGAAGAGAUUGAGGAGUAUGUUGGAGAUCUCCUGCAGGGUAGAGAUGGGAGGAAAGGGGAGUUUAUUGAUGAAUUCCUUGACAGGUGGAAGAAGUCGCAAAGCCAAGCUUCAGAUGGCGCUGGACUUUUGCUUCACAAAGACUCUCUUUCGGCAGCAGAUUUACCGGACAUGAACAAAGACUCUCAAAAGAAGUCGAAACGUAAGGGCCGUAACAAGGAAGUGGUAACGUUGAGCCAAACAAAACCUGAGCCAGAGGAAAUCAAAACUCCUGUAGAUCUGAUGAAGGCCCCAGAAUGCGGCAGUUCUUCGACAAAGAAGAAGAACAAGUUUGUGAAUCUAUAUGCUAAAGAGGGACAGGACAGGCUGGCUAUUCUGCUUCCUGGUCGGCAGGCCUGUGAGUGCCUUGCCCAAAAGCACAGACUUGUCAACAACUGCCUCAGCUGUGGUCGCAUUGUGUGUGAGCAAGAGGGCUCAGGGCCCUGCCUCUUCUGUGGAAGCUUGGUCUGCACCAAAGAAGAACAAGACAUUCUGCAGCGAGACUCCAAUAAAAGCCAGAAAUUACGAAAGAAGCUUAUGGGAGAGUGUGAAGAAAGAAGCUAUCUUCCACACCAGGAGGCCAGGGUGAAGGCUGGCUUGGAGAAAGCUGUUCAGCACAAAGACAAAUUGUUGGAGUUUGACAGGAACAGUGUCAGGAGAACACAGGUGCUGGAUGAUGAGUCUGACUACUUUGCCACUGAGUCCAAUCAGUGGUUGUCACCCAGUGAACGAGACCUGCUGAAGAAAAAGGAGGAGGAAUUAAGGGAACUUAGACAUGCAUCUCGCAAGGACAGGAGAAUCACAUUGGACUUUGCUGGAAGACGUGUAAUUGAUGAGUCAGACAACCUAAGCCAGUACUACAGCAAGUUGGAUGAGAUGCUAAAGGCUAUGAACACAGACUCUCCUCCGAAGUCAGCGCAGUCUUCAGGACCACGAGCUAGAAUGCGGAACCUUGGAGAGCUGGUUAAUCCCAACAUCAUGGUGACUCCACCAAAGUGGGUGGAUGUGGGAGGAGGUGACACCUAUAAGAGGAGCAUGGACACAGGAAAGAAUGUGGCAGAAGAUAAAGGAGAAGCGGAGCGUUCCAGGUUGAGGCUCCAGGACAGAGAGCUGCAGGAGAUUUCUGACGGUGGGUGGUGCCUCAGCAUGCACCAGCCGUGGGCCUCACUGCUGGUCAAAGGCAUAAAGAGGACAGAGGGGCGGACCUGGUAUACUUCCCAUCGGGGUCGUCUUUGGAUUGCUGCUGCAGCUAAGAAGCCGUCUCCUCAGGAAGUUGCCGAGGUGGAGGGCAUCUACCGUCGCGUGUACAAAAAAGAGCCCAAGUUUCCUAAAGAUUACCCCACUGGCUGCCUGUUGGGCUGUGUCAACGUCACUGACUGCCUUUCUCAGGAGCAAUAUAGGGAACAGUUCCCUGAUACCUGUGAUGAGUCUGCUUCUCCAUUCAUCUUCAUCUGCACCAACCCCCAGGAGCUGCUGGUCAAAUUUCCAAUGAAAGGGAAGCACAAGAUCUGGAAGCUGGAGAGCUGCUACCACCAAGGUGCCAAGAAGGGGCUGGUUCCUUCAGCUGCAGACUGAUGUCAGAGAAAGAGCAGAGUCCACCAACCAACAGCCGCCGUGCACCGGAACACAGCAGUUCAUCUGCUCCCAAACAGGCCCAUAUUCUCUAUUCGACUGUGCCAACUGUGAUUUAAUUAGUAAAUAAAUCUAUAAUCCUGUAAGCUGUUCAAAAUACACCGUGUACAGGCCUGGCGUCCAGAAUUAUGGACACCUCUGAGUUUUAAGAGCGGAAUUUAAAAUAUCAGAAAUGAAUGCAACUUUGUAGAGUCAGAUUAAUUUAGUAAAAUAUCCAAAGUUACUGAGCAACAGUUUUAAGAAAAAACAAUACUUUCAUCUUGUGAAAUAAAAUAUAUAAAACAUAGUCCCAGGACUGUUAUUGCCACACGUUGAUGAAUUUGUAGUAAAUCAUCAUUUUUGCAGCCAGUUUUCUUCACAUAAGUCAGGAGAUGGAUACAGGGGACGUGUCACUGAAUAUGUUUUGGGUUUCAUUCACAUUGGUUAUUAAGAAACACAAACAGUCUGGUGCUGUGUGAUAAAUCUGUCUGGAGGAGGCAGUUCUCAGACAGAUUUACCACACAGUACCCCACACUGUGUUUCCAAAUAUGUCCAAAUGGUGCUAAUAUCUGUCACACUUACAUUAUGUUUUUAAAUUUAAUUUCACUAUCUGAAAACAUUUUUGUUCAGAAACUUUGGGUAUUUUGUUGAGUAAAAGUUGGUACGUUUCUGUGUAGGCUCUCAGUUGGCCAGGUGGUUUCCAUAGUAGAGAAGCUUGAAUCUUUGACUGGACUGGGUUGCUUGACGCGAGGACGUUUCGCAUCAAGCAACCCAGUCCAGUCGAAGAUUCAAGCUUCUCUACUAAAAAAGUUGGUACAUUUGCCUUCAUUUCUGAAUAUAUUUUAAAUUUUGUCUCUAAAAUCGGGAAUACCAGUAAUUAUGCCUUUUAUCCCAAAGAACCAGGUUCUCAAGUGUUUCAGGACUCCUCAUUCAGCCAGAAAAUAUCUGCCCAGACUAUAAUGCCACAUUUCACCAGCCGGACAAUCCUAAUCUUCACUCUGCUGGCAGAAUUCUGUACAAGACUCGUUUGUAAUCCUGAUCCCACUCUUUAACAUCUAUCUGUCUCCUGUUGCUU